AUGUCUCUGAUGAUGGAUUCGAGCAGGAAUCCGAAACGUCAGGCUAAUAAAGCUCUUGUCCCGGCGAUCGUGUCUUCUUCUUCAAGACUUCUCCAACAUCUCCGGACAGAGUGUGCCAACUUCUCGACAACCUUCAACUGCUGCCUCCCUGACCGUCUCUGCUCCAAUGCCUCCGGCGUCCACGGCGGCGCCCACCAUCACCACUGCUGCUCCAAAUUCUUGUGCUCCGUCGCCGCCGCCGUCAUCUCCAUGAUCUCUGUCACACCUUCCGAAUCGACGACGAUGACCACCACAACUCUGAUUCCCACCUUCGAUCGAAACGUUCCCGAUGAAUCAUCAGCCAACAUCCUCACCACCACCAACACUCCUUCCUCCAGAAACGUGAACUCGUUCUAG